AUGAAGUUGUCCCUUGCCACUGUAAUCACGUUUUUUAUUUCAUUCCUGACUGUUAUUGUUGACUGCUUUCCGAGACAUUUCACAUUUGAGCUUCCCGGUACGGAAAAGGUCUGCUUUUAUGAGAAAUUCGAGAAGAAAGAACGGUAUAGCUUUAUGUUUCAAGUGCUGAAAGGUAGUUCGAAUGAUGUUGAAGUCGCUGUCAGGGAUCCUACCACGAAUGUGAUUGUUAAAAAGUAUGAAACUCCCCAUGAAACAAUUGAACUGACUGCACUCAUGGACGGUGAUUAUUCAUUCUGUUUUCAAAACCGUUUCCCUCCUAUGUCUCCGAAACGCAUUUUCCUUGAACUUAGGGGUGAUGAAUCUCUGAAUGAGGAAGCUGGCCUUCCUGAGUCUGGUCCAAGUACCAUGAUUGAAUCGCUGGCUGAGUCCAUCCAUGAACAUCUCUCCGUUUCUGAAAGCUACCAGACGGAAUUGCGUGCCAAACUGACUGCUGACCGUAUUUUCGCUCACGAAUUGCUGUCCCAUAUAUCCGUUUGGAGUACAGCGGUUUCAAUUAUCAUCGUAGUUACGGUUGUAGCCCAAGUAUCUAUCCUUAAAAGCUUUUUCAAGGACAGGGAUCGCCCCUUUACGGCACACAAUUCCUACUGA